AUGGCGGCGGGCAGCGACCUGACAGCGCGCUACGCUGGGCGACGGCAGCGCUCUCGACCUGGGUGUGUGCAAUACGGACAGCCGCGUAGGCUGACAUCGGUGAGACGUGGCUGCGACUGCGAACGUGGCUGCGACUGCGACUGCGACUGCGACUACGACUCCCGCACUCUUCCCCAGGAAUUCGAGGUCAAGCCUGCAGCGCUCGGACGGCGGCAGCGAUGCGCACUAGCCGGAUGCGGCAACAUCUGGGGUAAAGUGACCGCUAGCGCCGCCACUAGGCUGUCGCAUGGGUCCCAUGGGCCGCCUGAACGUCCGGCCACUCAUGGCGCCGCAUGA